AUCGAGCGAACUUGAUGGGAAUCGUGUCCUCUGCGCUGCGACGAACGUUCUCCGGCCAAAUAGCUUUCCAGAUCGCUGGUAUCCAGACUGAUUAUCUUGACAUACUAUAGAACCCUCCCGUCAGACCACAAUGCCACAGCAGACGCAUUCACACUGGCAUGGCUAUCAAAGCAUACGCCAUUUGGUUAUCUUCGGCGCUUCUUACUGUGAUGUAGGCUAUCGAUCGACUUCGAUGCUUCACCCUUCUGAAGAACACCCACUUGGCGUCGUGUUUUCCGGUUAUAACUGGGCCGAAGACAAUAAACCCAACUGGGUCGGCUAUCUUAUUACUGAGUUCGCCCCUGGACACAAUAUACUUGUCUAUGACUAUGCUGUCGGUGGCGAUAGAGUAGAUGGUGUUGUUUCACAGAUCCAACGUCACUUUAUUCCCACGGUCGGACAGAAACCUGACUGGGCUCCAUGGUCCUCAGGUGAUACCCUAUUCAUAACGUGGGUUGGUAUCAACGACUGCGCAUUUCUCGGAACAGAGGAAGGCAUCAGGAAAUCUAUAGACAAGCUGUUCGACCAACAGGACUGUCUGUACGCCACGGGAGCCCGUAACUUCCUUUUGAUCGAUGUGCCACCAAUCCACAGAUCCCCCGGAGUACUCGUGUCCAGAGCCGAAUCCACCUCGCUAGCAAUCCAACUCUGGAACAAGAUUCUACAGGAGGCAAUCGCACAUUUCAACUCUACUCAUUCUGACGCCACAGCAUUGAUUUAUUCAUCCUAUGACUUGUUCACUCGUAUCCUGGAUGAUCCUGUAGCGUAUGGAUUUCAGGUGGAAGACCGCCGUAAGAGAGGCGGAGGAAUCUGGAAGGAUAAUAUUCAUCCAAAGGCCAGGGUGCACCAAGAGAUUGCUCGUGAAAUUUCAGCGCUCUUAGAAAUGCGGCCUGUCUUUGGCGAUACCGAUGUUGCGGAGUCGCUGUUACCUGAUCCUCCACAGCAGGGAUGCUUUCGGGCCCAAUUACUUGGAUGUGGGCUUGUCGAUUGAUACUUGCACAUAAUUUUGAUCUGGUACGAGAUGGAUAGUCAAACAAGAGGGACCCGAGUGUCUACCUGAUAAUGCAUUUACAAACACUUCAUAGACGAAACGGUCUGCGAAGAUGACUGGCCAUGGCAUGAUCAAAUAAUCCAAGGGUGUGGCAUAGGUCAUGCAAUCGGGUGAGAAAGGAUGAGUAUGUAGUCAAGAUAGUAACGUUGAAAAAGUAACUUUAACUUCAUGGCCGAGCGAUAGCGACACAAGGUUUUCGUCAUCAUCAUCUGGCGACUCUUAAGUUACUGAAAGCGUUCAUCUUGUUUGCUAGUCUCCUUUGCAGACCCUGUGAGUGCAUCCCUGUCACUGAGAAGAACAGGCCCCUCGGCACUCACCGAGAUAUACCAUCAUGGGUUUGUGGGCUGUUGGGUUGCAUUUACUAGCGGCACCUACCCGCCUACCAGCUUGUACAUACAGCAUGCUUGUUGGCUCGGUUUGUACAAAUAUGCUCCUAUUCUGUGACGGAGAAAACAACAGACCAUACGUGAUCGAGACGAUCGUCGAGUGAUCUUCACGCUCGGUUCGUCGCCAUGUUUAACGUCUUGGCAUAGUAUGUAGCUGUAAUUGUCUUUAGAGUUCUUCAUAAUAUAUGUAUAAUCUCACA